CACAACUCAGAGGCACCGGGGGCAGGAAACAGGAAAUGUAAAUGCUCUGCUGAAGCCUGCAGAGAGCCGCGCAGGCCGAGGCAGCAUGCGGGUGCCUGGCUGGGUGCCUCUGCUCAGCACCUUGCUCCUGGUCCGGCAGGGCUCAGCCCAAGACGGCUCUGAAAACGACGAGGAUGGCUCAGGAUACAGAACAGCAGCAUUCCCCACUGCUACAGUGCCACCUCCUUCCUCUGUACCUCCCUUGUCCCCUACCCCUAUGAGCAGCCCCCAGCCAGUGCUGGUUUCUGCAGGGCCCACCGAAGGCAGCCUGGAAAUAGAAAGUACACCCAGCCCUGAACUGAGCGACACAAGCAGUAACGGGAGUCUAGAGACAGAAGAGCCAUCUGUCCUAGUGUACGCUGUGCCCGCAGCGGUGCUGGCCCUGCUGGUCUUACUGGUCAUCAUUUUUAUAAUAGUCCAUAACCGGAAAAAGUCUAAGCAAGAUGAGCUGGGGAGUGAAAACGUGAAAAGCCCUAUUUUCGAAGAGGACACACCCUCUGUUAUGGAGAUAGAAAUGGAAGAGCUCGAUAAGUGGAUGAAUAGCAUGAACAAAAAUGCUGAUUGUGAAUGUCUGCCUACUGUAAGAGAAGAAGAAAAAGAAUCAGUGGCCAAUCCAAGUGACGGUGAAUCAUGAAGCUGCACCAGCAGAGAACUCCUCAAAGGGAGCAGCACACAAGCCAACAGAGCCCAGAUUGUGGACAAACUGGAUUUAAACAACUCACCACAAAAGACUGGAGAAGCAAAUGCUUCUGUUGUGUACUUCUACUUACGAUCUUCAGAAGAGAAAUAUAAUCAAUUGGAAAAAUAAAGGAACAGUGUGGCA